CUCCAGCACGACUUCCCUCUCCGGGACGUCACUGGUGGCAGCUGCUUCCUUCCAGAGCCUGCAGGAGGCCACAGGCUCCAUCCUGCUUCAGAGCUGCCAGCUGCCCCUGCAAUGGCUGAGCGCCUAAGCAUGAACGGGAGAAUGGAAGCAGCCGCACAGCGGGGCUCCCACCUCCAGGCUGCAGCCCAGACGCCCCCCAGGCUGGGGCCACCAUCAGCACCACCGCUGCCGCCCAAGGAGGGGCACCAGGAGGGACACCAGGAGGGGCUGGUGGAGCUGCCCGCCUCGUUCCGGGAGCUGCUCACCUUCUUCUGCACCAACGCCACCAUCCACGGUACCAUCCGCCUGGUCUGCUCCAGCAGGAACCGCCUCAAGACGACGUCCUGGGGGCUGCUGUCCCUGGGAGCCCUGGUCGCACUCUGUUGGCAGCUGGGGCUCCUCUUGGAGCAUCACUGGCACCGCCCGGUCCUCAUGGCCAUCUCUGUACACUCAGAGCGCAAGCUGCUCCCGCUGGUCACCCUGUGUGACGGGAACCCACGCCGGCCGAGUCUGGUCCUCCGCCAUCUGGAGCUGCUGGACGAGUUUGCCAGGGAGAACAUUGACUCCCUGUACAAGGCCAACUUCAGCAAAGGCAGAGACGCCCUCUCCGCCGCCGUGCCCCGCCGCGAGCCCCGCUUCCGCCUGGACCGGGAGAUCCGUCUACAGAGGCUGAGCCACUCGGGCAGCCGGGUCAGAGUGGGGUUCAGACUGUGCAACAGCACGGGCGGCGACUGCUUCUACCGCAGCUACGCGUCCGGCGUGGCGGCUGUCCAGGACUGGUACCGCUUCCACUAUGUGGACAUCCUAGCCCUGUUGCCCGCGGCGUGGGAGGACAGCCACGGGAGCCAGGACGGCCACUUCGUCCUCUCCUGCAGUUACGACGGCAUGGACUGCCAGGCCCGGCAGUUCCGGACCUUCCAUCACCCCACCCAUGGCAGCUGCUAUACGGUUGACGGUGUCUGGACAGCUCAGCGCCCUGGCAUCACCCAUGGAGUCGGCCUCGUCCUCAGGGUUGAGCAGCAGCCUCACCUCCCUCUGCUGUCCACGAGGGCCGGCAUCAAGGUCAUGGUUCACGGCCGUAACCACACGCCCUUCCUGGGGCACCACAGCUUCAGCAUCCGGCCAGGGACGGAGGCCACCAUCAGCAUCCGAGAGGAUGAGGUGCACCGGCUCGGGAGGCCCUACAGCCACUGCACAUCAGGCGGGGAGGGCGUGGAGGUGGAGCUGCUACACAACACCUCCUACACCAGGCAGGCCUGCCUGGUGUCCUGCUUCCAGCAGCUGAUGGUGAAGACCUGCUCCUGCGGCUACUACCUCUACCCGCUGCCGACGGGGGCUGAGCACUGCAGCUCUGCCCGGCACCCUGCCUGGGGACACUGCUUCUACCGCCUCUACCAGGACCUGGAGACCCACCGGCUCCCCUGUACCUCCCGCUGCCCCAGGCCCUGCAGGGAGUCUGCAUUCAAGCUCUCCACUGGGACCUCCAGGUGGCCUUCUGCCAAGUCAGCUGGCUGGACUCUGGCUGCGCUUGGUGAACAGGGGCUGCCGUGUCAGAGCCACAGACAGCGGAGCAACCUGGCCAAAAUCAACAUUGUCUACCAGGAGCUCAACUACCGCUCGGUGGAGGAGGCGCCUGUCUACUCGGUGCCACAGCUGCUCUCAGCCAUGGGCAGCCUCUGCAGCCUGUGGUUUGGGGCCUCCGUCCUCUCCCUCCUGGAGCUCCUGGAGCUGCUGCUUGACGCUUUGGCCCUCACCCUGUUGCUGGGCGGACGCUGGCUCCACAGGGUGUGGUUCUCCUGGCCCAGAGCCAGCCCUGCCUCAGGGGCAUCCAACAUCAAGCCAGAGGGCAGUCACAUGCCCACGCCUGCAGGUGGGACAUCAGACAACCUGGGGCCCAGCGGGCCUCAUCUCCCACAGAUGAUGCUUCCAGGGGCUCUGGAGAGAGUCUCAGCUGAAGAGAGUUGGGCUGGGCCCCGGCCCCUUGAGACUCUGGACACCUGAACCAGACCUGCCAGGGCUGUGUGAUCUCUCGGCCUGGUCCUUG